UUAGUUAUCAAAAUGCAGAGCCCGAGUAGAGUCGCCCAUAUAGCCGUUAUUCUAGUGUGCUUCAGCCUUUUGUGUUUAACAAGAGGAGUGAACACGUUAGUAAACGGUAAUGGGUUGAGCAACUACACGUUUCCAGACAAUUUUAUGUUUGGAGUCGCAACGGCUGCAUAUCAAGUAGAAGGUGCUUGGAACGAAGAUGGAAAAGGUGAAAGUAUAUGGGACACCUAUUUGCAUAAACAUCCGAAUUAUACACUAGACCACUCCAACGGUGACGUCGCUGCCGAUUCUUAUCACAAAUAUAAACAAGACAUAACAAUAAUUAAAAGUCUAGGAGUCAAAUAUUACAGGAUAUCAUUGUCAUGGACAAGAUUGUUGCCUAACGGAACUGACAACUACAUAAACAAAGCCGGUGUAAGAUACUAUCGCAGGUUCUUCGAAGAGAUGUUAAAAGCAAAAAUCACUCCCGUUGUCACACUUUUCCACUGGGAUUUACCUACAGCUCUAAUGGAUUUAGGCGGGUGGACAAAUCCAAAAGUAAUAGAUUAUUUUGAAGAUUACGCAAGAAUAGCUUUUACGUUGUUCGGCGAUAUUGUCAAGACGUGGACAACUAUGAAUGAACUGCAUCAGCAUUGUUUCAACUCAUAUGGUGGCGAUUAUUUCGUGCCUGUGUUACAAUCUCACGGAAUUGGUGUUUAUUUGUGUUCACACUACAUGCUGUUGGGACACGCACGUGUUUAUCACUUAUAUGAUAAAGAGUUUCGGCCGAAGCAAAAAGGUAAAAUAGGAGUAACUUUAGAUGCGUUUUAUGCGGAACCAAAAGACAGCAAUAAAAAAGAAGACCGGGAGGCCGCAGAACGUUAUUUGCAAAUGCGUUUAGGGUUAUUUGCCCAUCCAAUUUAUUCAGAAGAAGGUGAUUACCCGAAAAUGGUUCGCGAAAUAAUCGAUAAGAAGAGCGAACGUCAAGGAUAUCCAAGAUCACGUUUACCGUAUUUUACACCUAAAGAAGUCGCCAUGCUACGCGGUUCGUCCGAUUUCUUUGGUCUGAAUCAUUACACGACAUACAUAAUGUCCCCUUCUGAAAUGGAACCUACUUGGAAAAUUCCCUCUGCAGACCAUGAUACAGGUGUUAAGAUAGAGCAACAUCCCGAUUGGCCUAUUCCAGGAGCCGGGUGGUUAUCGUUCUAUCCUCCAGGCUUCCGGAAAUUACUAAAUUGGAUAACGAAAAAUUAUGGAACUAAGGUACCAAUUGUAGUAACUGAAAAUGGUGUAUCUGAUUUCGGCGGGCUCACAGACUACGUCCGAGUAUCAUAUUACAACAAAUAUAUGUACCAGAUGUUGUUAGCAAUGCACGAAGAUGGUUGUAAUAUUGCUGGCUAUUUUGCAUGGACACUUAUGGAUGAUUUUGAAUGGGGUGACGGAUACAAAGUUAAAUUUGGUCUCUUCCACGUAGAUUUCGAGAGCCCAGAUAAGACCAGAACACCAAAACUAUCGGCUCUAAAUUACCGUGAGAUCGUGCGCACAAGACGAAUUAAUUUUAACUUUAUAAAAAUACCAUCGUAUUACAAAUAUGAUGAUUUAUAACAUGAAUAAACAUUGUUGUUGAGUAAUGUAAGUUAAUAAAACUAUUAAUUAAUAUUUAUUCUAAAUAUAAGCAUGUAAUAGAAAUAAAUUGUUAUAUUUUAAA